AUAAAUUUGAACAAUUCGUGCUACUGGUGCUACUAGAAUUCAGUUAAAAAGUUAAAUUAAUCGCACGCACGAUUAACAAACAUUGAUGAUGUUCAAAAUUUGCAAAUACUCGUUUAUUAAUCAUUGAUAAUCGGUUAUUAAACUAUUUCUAGUGUAGGGUUCUUCUGGAAUUAUUCAUUUCAUAAAUUAACGAAUAACGAUAAGACUGGAAAGCGGGCCGAUAGCUGCUCAUCACAGUAAACACGGUCUGCGUUUGAAAAUCAGUUUUUUUACUGCGAUAUUUUAUUAUAACACUGCUGUGAAAAUAUUACAAGUGCAAUGGAUCCACUUCUAAAUUUCUUACAGACAGAGAAAAUAAAAGAUGAUCCGUCCUAUGAAGAACAGCUAGAGCAUCAAAAAAUUUUACUUCUUAAACAACGAGAAGUAGACGAUUUCAAAAAGAUUGCUGAUUAUACAAGGCAGUUCAAUGAACAACUAAAGUACAGCAGUGCAAAUAUACUUAAGGAGACAAGAAAAACCAAGAUUUAUAGUCGCAAGCUUAUUGAUUUGAAAAUAGAAGUACAACGUGUUAUCGAUCAAAAUAUUCUGCAUACGAUGAAAGCGAUUCGCAAGCAAGAAGUAAUUGAAAGCUUCAAAGAAAUAGAACAUGAACGUAUGCGAGAGGAAAUAGAUGAAGACACGCAACAGAUACAAAUGUAUCAACAAAUAAGCAAUCAUAUCCGGGAGUCCAAAGCACAAAUUAUGCUGUUGGAGGCUAGAGAACAAAGAGAACAGGAAAAUCAAACAUUAGAAAAGGUGCGAUCAGAUAUUAAAAAUAUUUUUAAGAAACGACGCGAGACAGAAGAGGAAGAAUGGAAAAAAAUAACGACAACGUUUGUAGAGAUCAGUGAAUUGUACAUGCAAAUUCAAACCCGUGAAAAAGAAAACGAUGCCCUUCUACAGAGUAAUUCAGUUUUAAGAGCUAAAAUAGAACAAUUGAAAGAAGAUAUCAAACAGCAAUGCAUUCAGGAAGAAAAAGAUUUGAAACAGCAGGAAAUAGAAAUGAAUGAACGUUUUCUCACCCCUAUGAAAAUAACUCACGCUGAUGUUCCUCGAGAUUCAUUUAAAAACCCAAAUGAUUUUCCAGCUCUUAUCGAUAAGAUUGAGUUAACUAGACGCAACUAUGAAAACAUAUUCAAGCGUCCUGAAUAUACUGAAAACAUGAAACCGAGAAAAAUUUACAACAAGAUAAAGAAGUUUAGUCCUUUGUUUCAGGGGUUUUCCAAUAUUCGAAAGAAAACUCCUAUUGUUUCAGUUUGUCCAUUAUCAAAAAAUAAAGGUUUAUUCACUGCAUCAACCCACAAUGACGUUAUAACUGAUACCUGUGCAAAUACGAAAGAUCCUAAAACCUGUGCCAAAAACACUAAUCCUCCAGUUACUGUAUCUACUCCUCAAAACAAAUUUCAACCGAAUUUAGAAAUCAAAUCACAACUUGUAACACCAAAGAAUAAACCAGCAAAACGCAAUAUAAUCGAAAUACAUGAAGACAAUGAGCGUGCAGCAGUAUGCAAUGUUCCAAUGCAAAAAACAAAACGAAAGAAAUACUCAAGAACACAACCUGAAUCGAUGAAUGCAACAAAUACAGAUGAACUUGCAAAUUCUGUACGGAGAUCCUUGAUUUCGAGCCAAGAAGAAAAAUUGAAGCAAUAUGAAGUUGAAAAUUUAGUGGAUGACAAUACUCAAAUUCAAAGAGAUACAAAGCGAGCAAAACAUGCCGGAACACAACCAGAAGCGAAAAACUUAACACAUAAGUUUGAACCCUUCGUUUGCCAGCAGACACGAUCAAAGCCGAAUCAAAAAGAGCAAACCAUUGCGAAAAUAUCUGAUAAUGUUAUUCCGAAAAAAAUCGAGGAAAAGACGAAACAGCAACCCAAAAGACGCGUAUCACAAAAUGCAGAAAACGUACUGCUAGAUAAAGUAGUGCGUCCUUGCACCAAAUCAGCAGCACCUGAAUUUGAAGAAGAGUUCCCACAAAAAGAAGUUGUUAGCACCAGAACAGACAGCAAAAUGUUUCAAUCAGACAACUCAACCCGAAACGUUUCUCCAACUGAAUGCGACAAUCAGCGAGAUGAUCAACGCUCAUUGGAUGCCAUUAGUUUAACCAGUAGUACGUCAUCGCUUGAUUUAGGAGACGCUGGUACUAGCAGUGAUUUUGACCUGGACUUUUCGUUGAACGGGUCGCCCAUAAAUCGGGAUGGUAGUGAGGGGAAAGGAAGCGGCGGUAGUGCUGGUAGCGAAAUGGAUUUCGAUUUUUUAAAUUCUCCUAAAUCGGGUUCAAAACCUGCAACCAGAUCUCCGCAACAAAACGUUGAUUUUGAUUUCUUGAGCAACAAUAAUGACGAUGAGUUCAAUUUCUUCUAAUAGCAUUCGUAAUCGGAAUAUCUCUUGAAGUUAUAUAUAGCUACUAUAAUUUUACAUUCGAUGAUCAAUUCCGAGAGAUUUGUUAAUUGUUACCCUUAUAACUUGUUCACCCUAUUCUGAUAUUGUAGCAUAACAAUACUUAUAACAUGGACUUAACAUAAUGGCGAAGAAAAUACUUUUCUUCAGUUGGAAAUUCAAAAUACAUAAAAAUAAUUCCCUGUGCGCUUUAUUUACCUGCAAAUAAAGCUUAUCGGUAUGCAUAUAUUAAAAUGUAUAAGUUUAAGCAAAUAUGAACGUACAUACUUGUACAAAGAAAAUUGUUGUGAAGUUUGUGAACUAUUAUUCAGUUUUUUUCGACACAUCCUUCCGACAGGCGCGCAUAGCAAGACCUAGAGAAAUAAAACAAUGUUAUAAAAAUGACUGAAUUUC